AUGCCAUUUCGUCUUGAAAACUUGAACAGCACUAGGUCCAAACAUGAUAAGAUCAGAAAACCCGAAGAACCUUUCGCCAGUCCUUAUAAACACAUUGCGCUCAACGGAACGAAUAUCUUCGAAUGCUCCAGUUGUAUCUAUCUAGGUCGGGAAAUCAAUAUGAUGAACGACUUAGCUCCAGAGCUGAGCAGAAGGAAACGAGCGGCUUGGGGAGCUUUCAAGAGCAUCGAGGAUGUAGUGAAGAGAACAAUGAACACCCGACUCUGUGCCCACAUUUUUGACUCAACGGUACUUCCUGCCCUAACGUAUGCGUCUGAAACCUGGUCACUGCUUAAGCAGGAUGAAAGGUCACUCAGCGUUAUCGAACGCGCAGUCGAAAGGACGAUGAUAGGAGUAUCCCGUUCUACACAAUUAAAGGAUGGGAUCCGAAGCUCCGAUCUGCGUCAACGAUCAAAAAUCAAAGAUGCCGUUCCGUACGCCAAACAGUCGAAGAUAAGGUGGGCCGGACACGUAAUGGGUACUAAUCACAAGCGUUGGACAAGAGCCGUUAGUGACUGGAUUCUUCGGAAUGUCAAGCGCACUGCAGGAAGACCACCGACCCGAUGGUCAGAGUUCUUCACGAAGAGCUUAGAAGAAAGAUAUGAUUCUUGA